AAACACGCUCAUCUUGAGUUUAGAUAGAUAGUGAGAGGUUGUAUUUAUCUUAAACGCUGUGCAACUUGCAAUGUAACGGAAUACAAGUUCGUGGUUAGACCCUGAAUCAAGUUCUGUGUUGAAUAAUUUUGCUAUCUUCUGAUUUUAUUGAGGUUCAGAGGUGACGAUGGCUGUGGUCACUGGUUCUGUACUGAUAGAUAUUCUCUUGGCUCUUAUUUCUGCUCUGUGCCUUCUGUACUGGUACAUCACAAACAAUGAUGACUACUGGGACAAAAGAGGCGUUGCCAACGUCAAGAAAGGAUUGUUUCUGGGUACCUUUUUGGGCAAACAAUCACAAGCCGAAGCAGUUAAGGAGAUUUACAAUCAAUUUCCUGAAGAAAAGUUUGUGGGCUUGUUCCAAUUCAAAAAGCCUGUACUUAUGGUGCGGGAUCCAACCUUAAUAAACAAGGUAUUGGUGAAGGAUUUCACCCAUUUUCAAGAUAGGGCAGGAGCAACACUUAAGAAAGAUUUAUUCUCUAGAAAUCUUCUUGGAUUAAAAGGAAGUGUGUGGCGAACACUUCGCCACAAAUUGACGCCUACUUUUACAACAGGGAAAUUGAGAGGUAUGUUCGAACAGAUCUCCAAAAGCAGUGAAAAUUUGAUUACAAAGAUAGACGAGGUUUCAUCUGUGAAGAAUGAAGAUGUGGAUCCUUCAAACGUUCUCUUCGAGUUCACUUUGGACGUGAUCGCAAGCUGUGCUUUUGGAGUCCAGUUCCCACCAGACAGCCCUGACUUCAAAAAGUUCAAGUCGAUUGUGGAAAAAUUGUUUUCCGGUUCUCCUCUGACAUUUUUAAAAUUCACAUUUGUAACAUUAGCGCCAAAAAUAGCUGACUAUUUCAACAUAACCGUAUCGCCCAGUGAGCUGUACGAUUACUUCAUGAAUAUGACCCGGGCUAACAUGAAAUAUCGUAAGGAGAAUAAUAUCCACAGGAACGACUACUUCGAACUGCUGUUGUCACUCAAGGAACAAGAAGAGAAAGGGGAGAUCACACCCCAUGUGGCUACUUCUGUUCACGAGGAUGAUGCAAUCAUUGACCAGAUGAACUAUACAGAGGAGGAUGAGAAAUCAAUAGAUACAUCUGAGAAAUGGUUCACAGACGAAUCAAUCGCUUCAAACACUGUGAUCUUCCUGACUGGUGGUUCGGAGACAGUCUCUCGCACUAUCUGCUUCGUUCUGUUCGAGUUAUCGAGGCACCUUGAAAUUCAACAGAAAGUCCAACAGGAGGUGGACUCUGUCUUGUCCAAACAUGGGGAGUUGUCCUUUGAGGCUCUCAGGGAGAUGCCAUAUCUGGAUCAAGUUAUCCAAGAGGCACAGAGGAUCUAUCCUGUACUGCCCAUGCUGUCGCGGGAAUGUGUUAAACCAUACAAAGUACCGGACUCAGACCUCAUCAUAGAGAAGGGAACAGUGAUGCUCAUUCCCGUUAUUGGCUUGCACAAAGAUGAUAAAUACUAUCCUGAUCCUGCCCAGUUCAACCCUGAAAGGUUCAAGGGGAACAAUUUCAAACCCAACUCUACGUUCUUACCGUUUGGGGAUGGACCAAGGAUUUGUAUAGCCAUGAGGUUUGCUGUGAUGGAGGUGAAGGCUUGUGUGGCCAAGAUCAUGUCUCAAUACACCGUGAAACUCAGCAAAAAAACUCAAGUGCCUCUUCAGUUUGAAGUUCGUUCAUUUUUACUAGUAGUCAAAGGUGGAAUGUUUCUCUCUAUUGAAAAGAGGUCACCUAAACAUGUGUUGUCAUAGUCAAGGUGGUACCAAUUAAAUAUGAAAUGCCACUUGACAUCAUGUUCAUCCUUUAUUGGAUCGUAAAUAUUAAUUACUAUUCAUUUGUAUUUGCUUUCAUAUGCAUGCAUUUGUUAUACAUUGCAUUUUUACAACUUUCUUCAAAGUACAAACUGAAACAAAAUCUGCAAUCUCUACAAAACCCAUCAAAAUGAAAGGAUUUAUAGAAUGUGUUUAAAUAUAAUCAUUUAAAAUGUUGUUAACACAAUAUAAACAAUAAAAUGUACUUAAUAAC